AGGGAUAAUAAUCAUUGUAAUUUUGUCAUUAGUUUACAUAUAAUCAUCAUUAAGUAAUUAAUUUUGUCGAGUGGAUCUAAUUUCGAUGAACACUAUCGAAUAGUUUCGAUCAGAUGUUCAUCAAGCGGCAACAGCAUAUGCAAAUUAUGUAAUUAUUUUAAUCUUGCAUAUUGCUGAAACAGAUUUGUGUGCUUCUGAAUUAUAUUGAAAUAAUCUUCGAUCGAAACAAUGGAGAAUUGUACUUCCCGAUUCAUUUUUAUAUUGGUGCUUUUGAAUAUUUUCACAGAUACGCAGGGAGCAAGAAUUUUCGAUGUGACUGUUAUAAAGUCCUGUGAUGACACCACUGCAGUUCUUAUGACAAACUCCACCAAGCAUGUUCAUGGCAAAAACAAUCGUACUAUGGAAAUGCAUUUUACUGUCAAAAAGGAAAUAAAAACAUUUUUCGGUGUAACGACUUUGGUUAAGUGUGAUCUCUCAGGUUCCCAAAAUUCCUGUGAAUAUUUCGUCAAGGACUUCAAAACUGGAGAUUUAUGUUUGAAGUUGAAUCAGAAGGGGCAAGCAUGGAGCUCUCUGAUCGAUGCGUUUGAUCCAAAACUUGAGUGUCCGAUCAAACCUGGUAAUUAUAAAGCAGAAUAUCAAUUGAGCGAAGAUGUUUUCAAAUUCGUACCAGUCCCAACUGGCAUUUGGAAGUCAACAAGUCAAGCUUAUGAUGGAGAUGAACUUGUUUAUUGCAGUCAUUUCGAAGUGAAGAUUGUUCAGCGAAGAUGAAUUUAAUAUUUUACUGAUUUGAUAUUGUAGUGAUUCCUGUCAGAGUCAAU